AUGGUAGACAGCAGACGCGUGUUCGUGCAGCUGGCGGUCGCAAAGGGACCGGUCAUGGACGUGAGUGCCCCCGUUAUGGCGUUCGUGUUGCCUACAGAUCCGUGGCUUACGGUUGUCAACGAAUUCCUCAUGAGUUGCAAUGACGACGACGUUGAAGUGACGCAGCGCGAGCCGGGAUUGCUGCACAACUGCGUCGUGCUGCUUGCCGCGUCACUCGAGCAGGUCACCGAGUCAGCGAGCUGCGAGGACGGCCGACAGUACAUUCUGUGCAUGAAUGCGGACGACGCCGCGCGUCUCAAGACCCAAAAGUUCGGUGGCAGUAGUGCCAGCUGUUGUACUGGUACAAAUGACGAUAAUGUACCACCAGGCCGCGAAAGCAUCGCGCUGACCGACCAACUCGAGUCGUUAGAAGAGCUGGACUAUUACUUCGAUGACGCUGGCACGUUACGUCACUGUCGCACGAACCAGGCCGUAUACGAACUCAUGGGCGACGAGCGACGAGCGGGCGAGCUCGACGAUAUCGUUAAAGCCGCCAUCUUCCACAUACAGAUGGAAAUGCUGGCUGAGCUGGCAUUCAAACAGGCUCGCGUACCGUUAGAUAUCCAGCCCCAUGAGCCAAAAGAAGCUCGUACGAGCGUGUUUCUCACAUCGGAUUGGCGCACAAAUAGCAACUUGUUGGUGGUGGUCAACGGUGGCCGAGGCGCCCAGCCUGGGAUAUGGAGUCGAGAUUUACUGAUUCAGGAAGGACUGGAGCUCGGGUCGAUGCUGCCUGUGAUGCGCCGUGCGACGGCAGGGAACUUUGCAGUGGCUGUGCUUAACCCAUCAACAAAUAAUGUGACAAUUAGGAGUGCGACGUUCUCAAUUCGCGAGAAUUCAUCACCGGAUGAGCACAUGUUGUAUGUAUGGGACAACAUUAUCUCACGUGCCCAAGCUCGCAACGUGUAUGUACUGGCCUACUCUUUCGGAGCAAAGUCGGUGGUAACGCUCAUACGAAAGCGUGAAGAACAGGUUGUCCAGCGGGUGAAUGCAAUAGUCUUUGCCGAAGGCGCUUACCGCAUGGAUCCAUCGACCUCUUCUUCGUCGGUGGCCCAGUUUUUGAAGCAACGUGCGAUCAACUUUAAGGGUGACGCACGUAUUCCGGUAGGCGGGCACAUUCCAGCAGAAGAGGAGAAACUAUCGUGUAGCUGCUUAUCUGUGGGUGACCUCACGGCACCUGUUCCGUCAGACGAUGGCAAAGCAUCGCCGUCUGCAGCGUCUGCAUCAGUGCUACAUAAGCGAAGCAGUAGCAACAAGGCUCGCACGAUCAGUCUUUCACUGGAAACGACAUUCACAUAUUUUGUUGCGGCGCGUGAUCGAGGCUGCAGUGCAGCACAGUUCAUACACGAGUCGGAAACUAGGACACGGACAUGGCUUGGAAACGUCAUACGACAUCGUCUUGAUUCGCUGAAGCCCCGCAAACAGAGCCGCCGUCUCAGCACUGCAAUGGGAGCCAACGCGAGCGAAUCCUCGCACCACCGAAAAACAGCCCGCCGGUCGUCCUUGGAUACUGAUGCGAGUACGUCAGCACUGCGGGCAUCCGUCUCUAGCAGUCGCGGUAGCAAUGUUAGCCACCACCCUCAUGGCGUAUCUGUAAGUGACUUUGACUUGAUCAAGGUCAUCGGGAAAGGGUCGAUUGGAAAGGUGUUUCUUGUUCGCAAGAAAGAUACAAGUGUUGUGUAUGCUAUGAAGGUGCUGCGCAAGAAAAACGUGGUUCGCCACGGCUUGGAAGAACACAUCAAGACUGAACGUUUGAUACUCGAAGAGAUUGACCAUCCCUUCAUUGCACGGUUGCGUUUUUCGUUCCAGACCAAAGAUAAGCUGUAUCUCGUGACUGAUUAUUGCUCUGGUGGAGAACUCUUCCACCAUAUGUCCGAUGAAGGCUUCUCGUAUGAGCUGUGUCGAUUUUACGCCGCCGAGUUGGUACUUGGGCUGGAGCAUCUCCAUCGGCUUACGGUAGCGUAUCGUGAUUUGAAACCCGAGAACAUUCUGGUGGAAGCCUCUGGGCAUCUUCGCAUCACAGAUUUUGGACUGUCCAAGCUCAAUGUGGUUUCGGACAAGGGAGCGCAGACGCUUGUAGGGAGCCCCGAGUAUCUGGCACCUGAGGUGUACAAUAUGCAGAAAUACGGAUUCGCCGUGGACUGGUGGUCGCUUGGCGUGUUCCUCUACGAAAUGCUGACGGGCAUUCAUCCGUUUUUUGAUGAUAAUCGGGAGAUCAUGGUAAAGAAAAUCAUGACACCUGGCUUAGUUAGUACGAUGAUGCCGCCUGAGAUGCCUCUUGAAGCUGCAUCGAUAAUUUGUGGGCUGCUUACGUUCAAUCCAACGGAACGCCUUGGAUCGCGUGGGGCUCAAGAGCUGCGCGAUCACGCGUUUUUCGCUGGAAUUUCCUGGGAUGGACUAAUGCGACGGAAAGUGACACCGCCCUGGCAUCCAGUGGUGCAUGAUGAGAUGGACGUGGGCAAUUUUGAUGCAGAGUUCACAUCCGAGCCGGUCGUGGACAGCGUGUGUACGCAUCAGUCCAUGGUGCUCAACGCCACAUUUGCUGACUUUACAUUCAACCCUAGCAUCUCGGAGUCCAUGCGCAACCGAUAA